AUGUAACAGGACAAUUAGUAUGAAAACACAUACUACUAAUCCAAAGGACUCAAUUUGCACACUCGAUAAUCAAUAAAACCGUUUCUUUUCCCAUAAACAGAAGCCAGCACACAUCGCUUUUCCUAAUUAGAUUAUUUUACAGAACCCACUGCAAGUAUGGUCGAUCCUUUAGGACCAUAAACUGAUAGAACACAUAUCAGAAAGAAUAGAUAGCUUAUCAAAUAUAUUAAACCUGCUAAUAUUGAACCGGUAUCACAUAUACUGAAUGAAGAAAAGAAUAAACUCUAAACUAAAUUUAAUUUACUAGACUCUUUUACUCAAAGACAUUCCUAACACCAGUUAUAUGUUAAAAAUGAUAAUAAACAAGAAUUUUUAUAAAGGAAGUUUAGUGAGUAAAAACUAGGUUUCAAAGUAUAGCAAUUAGAUGAAGAAUAGGAAUCUCAUAUUUUAUUAAGGAGAAAUUAAUUCUUUUAUACUUCUUUAAGAAUAAAAGAUAGAUAUUCUCCUUUGACUCUAUAAAUAAGAAUCAAAUAAGGUGAUCCAAAUACUAGAUUAAGAAUAUUUGCAUCUCCAAAAUUCAUUUAACCUAAUCGAUUUAAUGCUGCUGUUGAAGUUAGUGGAAGACAAUUAAAAUAUGCUUCUAAUUCUGAAAUAUUUUAAGAAGAAACCUUAUAUGUUGCUAUAUUAGCAUUAAAUGAAUUAUAAAUUGCCAUUAACAUUGAAUUUGGAAGACCUACAACUAGAAGAGUUAUUUAAAGAGAAAGAAAAGAAAAGUCAACACAUGAAUUUCCUCCUGACUUAGAACUUUAAAUAGAAGAAAUUAUGAUGAGAAGAAGGCUUCGCUAUGCAAAUUAAUAAAAUUAUGUAGAAUUAAAUAAAUGUUCUUAAAUGUCACGUAGAAUUCCAGAAAAACCUCAAAAUCCAAAACAUAUAGAAAUAAAAUAAAAAAUAAGAAGAUUGAAGGUUGAAUAAAGUCUAAAAAGAGUUGCCUAGUUAUAAGUUCAUGACAUAGCUAAAUAAAUUCAUAGAAAAUAAUUAGAAAUGCAAAGAGAAAUAAAACAUAGAGAAUAUGUUUAAAAGUCUUGGCUUAAAAUUGUUUGUUUAAUCAAUAUAUUAGCUCCUGGUAUAAAUGAAUUCAUAGAAAAUUAAAGAUAAUUAGUUGCUAAAAAUAUGAAAAAACAGAUCUCUUUAAUAUAACUCUUAAAUAAAAUUAAAAGAAAAGUAGAGAAAUUUGGUCCUAAUUGUAAAUUAAGAACAAUUUUACAAGGAAAAUGGUAAUAGUCAUUAAAUUCUUAAUAGUUGUUUAUAAUUGAUUGCAAAUAAUUCAAGAAUGAUAGCUAAAAGAAGGGCAUAAAAGAUAAUUACACAAAUGUUGCAAAACAAUAUUACUUGUUUUAUUACUGAAAGCAAAGGCACUCAUGUUGUCAAUUUAAGUAAUGCGAAAAACCAUAUGAAGUAAAGAAAUGCGUGAAUCGAUUAGUGAAGCACAAAAACAGUAGAAUUGAAUUUAUGAGCAACCUCAAACUCUUCUUGAGUGUUUAGUACAAACAGCUUUACUAAAUAGCUUUAAGAUACAGUAAAUAAAGUGAUUCGACUAAAAAUAAAAGAGAUCCAAUACAUUUUCUAUUAUAUGAUGCGUAAAAUUAUAAAGUAUUAUUCUAGUUCUUUUUUGCAUUAAAUGACUAAGAAAUUACUAAAACAUGUUUUUGAAAAGUGGAAUAAGAAUUUCAUCACUUUUAGAAAUGCAACAAAAGAAGAAAGAGAAAGAAAAGGGAAAAAAGGAGUUGCUCUAUUUUGGUAACCUCCAAAACUUUUUGAAUUACCUUAAGAUAUAGUUGUUAGGCUAUUCUUAUUUGAAGAGUUAGAGAAGAGAGGACUCAUAACUGGAGAAUAUAAAGAGUGA